UAGCUUUGCAACAACACUUGGAGGGUGCUGGGCGUGUAUAGUGGACUUAGCCUGUAUGUAUCCUCACAUAGAGGAUGAUUUCCGACAACUGAGACUCUUUGGAUACCAGGCGCAACGCUUCUCCUGGAGAGAUGUUGGAAUCCAACAAGUCUUUGCGUGAGAGCAAUGUCACCAAAAGUGACAGCUGUGGAUCCGUAUCAGUUGUUUUCCCUAUUACUAUGAUGGUAACGGGAAUGGUGGGCAAUUCUCUCGCUCUUAUGCUGGUAUAUAGCUCGUACAGAAAAAAAGAAAAUAACAGGAAAAAGUCAUUCCUACUCUGCAUAGGGUCGCUGGCAUUGACAGAUCUGUUUGGACAGCUUCUCACCAGCCCGAUAGUUAUAUCGGUUUACAGAGCCGAUUUGAAAUGGGACCGCAUAGACUCAUCGGGGAUUCUGUGUGCUUUCUUUGGAGUGUGUAUGACAACUUUUGGCUUGUGUUCUCUAUUCUUUGCCAGCGCAAUGGCAAUUGAGAGGGCAUUGGCGAUUACAAGUCCUCAUUGGUACUCCAAUCACAUGAAGACAAGUGUGACAAAGCAAAUUCUGGCAGUUAUAUUGUGUCUUGUUCUUUUUUUCUCGCUGUUGCCGGUCGCAGGAGUUGGGCACUAUACGCUGCAAUGGCCAGGCACUUGGUGCUUCAUAAGCACUGGAGACAGAGAGGUCCCGGGCAACAUGUUUUUCUCCAUCACUUUCGCUGUUCUUGGGAUAUUCUCACUUCUUGUGACUUUCUCCUGCAACGUCGUCACAAUUCGUGGAUUAGUUAUUCGUUGCAAAACGAAAUCGGGCACAUCUCACUCAUCCAAGCAGUGGGAACGAUUAACCACGGAGACAGUCAUUCAACUAUUGGGAAUCAUGUGUGUACUGCUUAUAUGCUGGGUUCCUUUACUGGUGCUGAUGUUAAGAAUGAUCUCGACACAGACGUCGUCACAUCACUGCAAACCGGCAGAAGUGUCUUUCACUCCUAGUCAAGACAUCCAGGUGGACUGCAACUUCUUUCUCACCGCCAUUCGCCUGGCCUCUCUGAACCAGAUCCUGGACCCUUGGGUUUACCUGCUCCUAAGGGAGAUUAUACUGCGCAAGUUCUGCCAGGUGGCCAAUGCUGUGUCCAACUGCUCCAUAGACAGACAAAAGGAGACUCAGACGGCCCUGGAUGUUCUCAACAAGCAGCCUUCUGACACUAACGGUCUGUAGAAACAGUAAAUGUACCCGAUCAAACUUAAGGAUAACCUGACCUGAUUAAAUGUUUUUUUAAUUCUAUCACCCACAGUCCAAAAACAGUUAUUGUGCAAUAAUGUUGUACCACUAAUGACAGAAAUUACUUUGUUAUUGUGUUAAUGGACCAGGCAAUGCUCGCCAUGUGCACUCAUUUUUGUUUGGUUGCACAUAUUCUAGUGAGGCUCAAAAAAGCAGAAUGUGAAAACGUGACCUCUGCAACCUUCACUUUGGACUGUUAAAGCCAAUGAGUUCCAGGGGGAUUUUUUUACAUGGUUGCUCAAUAAACAUUACAGCCCUACCAAACACAAACAGACAUUCUCAAUCAGAAGAUACCAUUUUGUUUUUCAACCAACAAGUUAAAACAACAGAUGACAACUGUUAAUGGAAUAUAGUUUUUGACUUUCUGGAAUCACAUUUGCAUUUCAUGUAACAAAGUUGAUGUUAAAUGUAAUGAUGGCUGGAAUGUGUGACAUUUUUAAUUCAAAUCAGUCUUCACUUUGUCAUGUGUAAUAGACUAGAAUUUUAACCAAAUUAAAAAAAAAAGGGGAACCUCUGAAGUGCAAGGCAAGUGUACUCGAAACUGAAAUAGACUGCACAGUAUUAAAUAUGCUAAUUAGAGAAGAAUGCAAAAUGUAUUGAUAUAUGGAAAAGGCAUUGAUAUUUGUUGUUUCUGUGUUGAACACUGAAAUGUGUGUUUAACUCUGAAUGUGCUGAAGAUGCUACCUAUUGGGGAUAUGAUGUCAUGUGUUCAGGGUGGUCCACAAUUAUUGGCACCCUUGAUAAAAAAUGAGCAAAAAAAAUUGUAUAAAAUAAAUAGAAUUUCUAUAUUAUAUGCAAAACAAAUAGGAAAUGUAUAUUAUUUUAUGCUAAUACAAUUGCUCUGGUAAAGAUUUUGUUUAAGUGGCACAGCGGUCUAAGGCACUGCAUCUCAACGCUAGAGGCGUCACUACAG